AACAUCAAUAUUAAGUUCAGAAGGAUUUUGAGGAACUGGGAACAAUAAACUAGUUUGUAUUGUAAGAUGGAGAAUAGAGUGAUGUUUGUGGUAAUAUUGGGUUGCUUAAGUUUUCUGGCGUUGCAGGCUAAUGCCCAACAAGCCAGCAAUGUUAGGGCAACAUAUAAUCUUUACAAUCCUCAGAAUAUUGGGUGGGAUUUGAACACGGCAUCUGUUUACUGUGCCACGUGGGACGCAGACAAGCCCCUCGAUUGGCGCAUGAAAUAUGGUUGGACUGCCUUCUGCGGACCUGUUGGCCCAACUGGACAAGCUUCCUGUGGCAUGUGUUUGAAGGUGACAAACCGAGACACACAAGCACAGACAACAGUGAGAAUAGUUGAUCAAUGUUCCAACGGAGGGCUUGACUUGGACGUUAAUGAAUUCAACAAGAUCGACACCAAUGGGAAUGGAUACAAUGCCGGUCAUCUGCAGGUUGAUUAUGAGUUUGUUAGCUGCUAAUCAAAAUAUAAUGGGGGCCCAAUCCAGUCAACAUAAUAUAGAUUAUAGAAUAAAAGGACUGAGAUGGGAAUGAGACCAAGGAUAUUUAUAUGGAUUCAAUUAUGAAAAUAAUGUUCAUCUAUUGUGAACAAUGGCUUUACGUCUGAGGAAGUUUACUUCUGAGAUGAUAUAUCUAAUUAAUAUUCCAUUAUCAGUUUUUGUAUUAA